AUGUCUAAAGACGAGAAUCAGAACAAUGGCGAUGAUGUCGACAGUGACACCGAAGAGAACCAAGUGGUGGAACACGGGCAUAAAAGCGGCAAGGCAGACCUAGCUAAGAUCAAAAUCGAACGAAUGGUUCGUGACAGGAAAUUGGCGCUCGUAAAAGUCGAGGAAUCCGAUGUCGAGCUAUUGAAAACGGAACUAGGAAUUGACGAAGCCGAUGCCAAACUCAUGUUACAACGGGAGGGUGGAAACGCGUACAAGGCUCUGAGUACGUUUAUCACUGCGCACAACGGGACGCUGACCACGUGUUAA